GGUGGAGGACUGUUUGUGUGUUUCCGUGGCAUUCUUACCAGUUUAUUUUUAACCAUGGCUGGCUUCACCGAAAACGCGUUGAUCCGUAAGUUGCAGGAGCUAAAUUCAAGUCAACAAAGUAUCCAAACAUUGUCUUUAUGGCUAAUUCAUCACCGUAAACACCAUGCAGCAGUAGUGAAAACUUGGUACAAGGAACUGUUGAAAGCCAAAGAUAGCAAGCAGCUUACAUUCAUGUACCUUGCCAACGACGUGAUACAGAACAGCAAAAAGAAGGGUCCGGAAUAUGGCAAGGAAUUUGGAGAAGUGCUUGUGGACUCUUUCAAACACAUGGCUAAGACAGGGAUUAGUGAGAAGACUAAGAACUCUUUACAUAGAAUUUUGAAUAUCUGGCAGGAGAGAGGUGUUUAUGAUGCUCAAAAAAUACAAGAGUUCAAGGAAGCAGUGGACCCUAACGAUGCUUUGCCUAAAAAAGUUAGCAAGCGUAAGUCCGUAGACACGGAGGCAAAGGAACCAGAAAAGAAGGCUAAGACUGAACACAAGGAGAGACACUCUAGACACGAGAGGAGGCGCAGUGAGACCAAAGUGGAGGUGGAUGGACAUAUUGAGACCCAUAUCACUUUGAGCCCUAAGACUCCGCCUGGUGACCCACCAGAGCCUGAGGAACUUAUUAAGGCAUUACUCGAGUUAGAAUCCAGCGCAUCUAGCGACGAAGCGGUGCGCGAGCGCAUCGCCUCUCUCCCGCCGGAAGUGUCCGAAGUGCAAUUAUUGUCUAAGUUAGAAGAUAAAGAAUCCGCGCUGAGUCUAAGUCACGUGGUGAACUCUGCGGUAGAAUUACUGGCGGAAUACAACCUGAGACUCUCUGAAGAGUUGGAGAAGAGGCGAAAAGUAGCGUCCAUGUUGAGGGACUUUGCGCAAGCGCAGCGCGAUUUGGCGAAGCAGGCCGAGGCCAGGCUAGAGGAAUACAACAUAAAGCUCCAAAAGAUAUUCGCCGUAAAGAACGAAGUGAAAUCCCACCUAGAUAGCCUCCCUGAUGUUUCUCGUCUACCCGACGUCACCGGAGGCCUGGCACCCUUGCCAUCAGCUGGCGACCUUUUUAGCGUCUGAAACAACGCUCAUUGGUCGACCAAGUAUCUAACGCGCAGCUGAUUGGCCGACCGAUUUACAAACGCGCAGCCGAUUGGCCGACUGAGUUUAUAACGCGCAGCUGAUUGGCCGACCUGGAUUUUCGUUAUUUUGUGGUGCGUACGCAAUUGUUUGUAGAUAGAAUUAUUUAUGUUGGUAGAAUAGUGUAGUGAGGAGCGAAUUGGACUGACUUAUGUCGACUGGUGAUUGAUAAGGGGUCAGAUUUAUAUGCAUCUGUUUGUCUGUCGUUGGUGUUUAAAAGUUACACAUAAAAAGCAAGCCGUGAUUUUUCUGAUUUAUUUUUAAGGUGUAAAAGUAUGUACAGUGGGCCACACACAAAAUCAUACCAUCUUCGUAAAGUAAAUAAGCAGUUUCCACAAUUUUAAUUAAGGUUUAUUAUUGUAAACUGACAAUUCUCUGUAUUGUUCGUUAAUCGAUAAUUUACGUAAUAAACUCGCUGAUUUUCGUAUCUAAUGAAACCCACAAAAUGUUUUGUAAAAUUGAUUUGUCAGUCUGCCCUCUUAAUUAUGCCAUAUGUUCAUUUUUUUCAACAGAAGAAUAUUGAUUUUAGGACAUGGUGUAAAUUUGAUUGUGUGAAUAUUAUUUUAAGUGAUUUUAGUAUUAAGGCCACGCAGAGAGAUACAAUUUAUUUUUAAGUAGACCGCUCCUAUUUUUCUUGAAAUGAAUUUGUUAAUUGAUAUAUUUGUUUUUGACAUUACUUAUUAGGGACAACAAAAUUACUGGACUGUAUACAAACACCUAUAACUAACUUACUCAUUUCCAAAUGUGUUGACAGUUCUUCAACAAAUCAAGAAAAAGGGCCAUAUUAUCCUUAACAUUGAUUAGAUAUUAGAAUUAAAUUUAAAAAUGAUAAAAUUAAAAAAUUAAAAUAUUGAUUGGUUAAAAUUUAAUGGGCCAUACCACACAGGAAUUCUAUUCACAGCCUUAAAACAUUUACCUAUGAUAACAUCUUGAUGAAAUUUUCUGUGCUUCACCAAUAGAGUAAGUUUGAGGGAUUUUUUUUUAUCAAACAGCUUUAGAGACCGCCACCUUUGCCGGCGCGGGCUGCCCUGCUCUGUGGCGUUAGUUUAUUCAGUGAUUAUUUUGCAUGUGUGAUAAAAUAUACUAUAUUUACCUGGUUUAAAAUUUUGAAAUUUUUAAUUUGAAUACCUAGUUGUAAUGCCAUCCUUUUGAAUGAAUAAAAUGGUUAUUUUAAUUUUGAGAAAAGCAAAAGUAUUCAUAUUAAUUGUUUUGUCCUGUCGAUAUUAUAAAACUCUUAACUCGGUUUAAUUUAUAUUUCACUACAUUUAUAUGUUUCUCAAAAAUUAUCUGUUAGUUUCUUAUAUAUGUCUAGGACACAUUUUUUUUCUAUUUUGACUAAGAUAUUUCAUGUUAAUUUUAGUUCAAAUACAUUUUAUGAUUAGGUAUACCUUGUGGUACAUAGAACACCUCUGUUCAUUUAAAACAUACCUUGUUUAUGUAAAUAAUUCGAAUAAAAGUAUAUGCUGUGAUUAGAUCUUUAGCAAGCAUGAUACCUACCUAUAAUCUCAUCACAAUGUUAUUGCAGUAUAAUUGUAUUAGGUAUAUGCAUGUAAUUAAAUAAUUACACAUAUUUAUGAAGCCAAAUGUAUACAUUUAAACACCAUUACAUAUUUUGUACUUUAAAAAAAUAUUAUAAUAUCUGAUAAAGUAUCCGGCAUAUAAGUUGACCCUAGUCUUUGACACUUCCAGGAUGCGCAUAAGCACUUUUUCUUAUUAAAAAAUCUGCGCAGCGUUUAUUUUGGUUCAACUUGUAUGCCGGGAAAUAUACGGCAUAGAAAGUUGUAGAAAUUGCAAGCUGUGUGAAAUAACUCCCAUACAGAUACAACCUUUAAAGUUUUGGUUUAAAAACUUACCGUUACUCACACAUAAUGUUAGCAAAUAUAAGUAUUUGUUUGUUCAGACGUGAGGAUGUGAUUUUGAUACCUUAGAUUAAAAAAAAAACAAUCUGAGGAAUCGAAUAAUUUAUUGCGCGCCCUUGUAUGGGUGUUCAUACAUACAUAAAAUCAUGCCUCAUUCCCGGAGGGUAGGCAGAGACUACAUCUUUCCACUUGUCACGAUCCCUGCCCCCUCAAAAAAAUUAUGAAUGUGAAUGAAGCGAAAGUAUAAUUCCCUUCGUUUCAUUCACAUUCAUAAACCUCUUCAUGGAAGCUUGACGGUUUCGGGUAGGUACUCUCGACCUGACUCUUUGCCAGAGACAAGAUUUAUAUUUUAUAUUAUUUUCUGUAUCAUCCGAUAACACUUGCCAAAAAUGAUUUCGAUGCGGUUUUAACUUUCAAUUAGACAAAUUUACAUUUACUUGUUUUAAGCCUGACUACAGUAUCCUAUAUACAGUGCCUUUGCAUUAGGCACCACACAUAUAAAGCACGUAAUAAUUAGCGCAAGUUUGUACAAAAUAUAUAGAAAAUGUAUAAAGUUGUAUCGCUUUUUCAGCCAAGCUUUGAUGAUUUUACUCGCGCCCUUUUUCUUUCGCCAAAAAUAUUUUUAUUUUCUUUAUGUUAUUUAAGUAGCUAAUAUUGAUGUUUCACUAAAUUUUUAUCAAAACUUUAUUGUUAAGUAUACAACUGAUAAUUAAAUAAGUUAAACGCUCUGAUGACAAAGAUUACUUAAAAUACUUUUAUUUGAAUCUUGACUGAAAAACGGUAUGAAAUUGGUUUUGAAUUUUGUGAACCAAAUAAUAUAUAAUAGUGCGGUGCAAGUUAGUUUAAUUUUGAUUGUUUAGCAGAUACAGCCUAUGUACAGCUAGAUAUGCUCAUAUGAAUAUAUUUGUUAUAUUAACAUA